AAGCCCAGAAGAUAAGGAGCUCAUGUGUAUGCCUCACGAACUGAUAGUGGUGGAGCCAACCAAGGAUUGCUGGAAACAAUACACUGUGACAAAGAACAAGAUGUGGCUGGAGAAGAGCGGUGGGCAUAAUGAGCUAAACUGAGAUAGCUGGAAAAAUGUUGCUGCAAAGACAAGAUGGGAUAUCAUCCAUUUGCUCAAGGCAUCACUGCUGCUUCAUCUUAGAUUAUCAGUUUUUCCAGUACUUCCCAGAUUUAAAGCAGAUAAGAUAAUGUACAGACAUUUUCUCUGGAGUGCAUCAGUAACUGCAGGGGCAGAGCUUUCACAAAGGGUCUUUUAACUGAGGAUGUCACAACUCUGAAACACAGAAUUAUGGCCCAACAUUGAAGCCUUUAUCAAAUGAACAGUCUGAAGGAGAAGAAGAGUGCUCCGAUGAUUUGUCAGCUGUGGGAAUGGGCUCUUACACCUCACCCUGAGAGAAUGAUUUUACAAGAAAAAGAGUAUUCUGUGCUCACGGAGUGGGAGGGUCACACUGUGAGACUAAUAAGGACAGAGCUGCAUCCCCCUCUACCACUCUUUGGAGACUCACUCCAGCAACUCCUCGGCACUACAGCAGCUCUGUACAGGCAUUUCCAGUGCUUCUGGGGGACACACCAAUAAAAAAAAUUAAAGAUUUAUUGCUGUUUGUUCACAUGUGUCCAGGGGGAAAUGAAGUACAUUGGAUCCUGCAUAGUUUGGCUUUGUAUGGCAGUCUUCCUCCUUCCUGUUUCUACUUCUGUGGCUGUCGGUGACCAGACAGGUGCUGUGUGUCCUUUAAUGAAAACAGUUGCCCAUCAUCUCAAAGAAAUCAACAGAGACAGUCGUGGUGUAUCAGGGUUUGAUCUGACAGAAAGCUUUUCUUUAAGGCAAACAUCUUGUGGUGGGGAAAAGAUCUGUUUCAAACUGGGAAGUGCACCUCUCAUUAGAAAUACAAGGCAAGUAUUUCCAAAUGGGCUUCCUGAAGAGUAUUCUCUAGUUGCCACGUUCCGUGUACGGCGAAAUACCAAGAAAGAGCGUUGGUAUAUAUGGCAAGUUUUAAAUCAGUAUGACACACCUGAGAUCUCUGUCCUCCUGGAUGGUACAAAAAAGGUGGUGGAGUAUAUGACCAAAUCCUCUCAGGGAAAUAUACUGCACUACACUUUUAAGAGUCGAGAAAUUUAUCCAUUGUUUGAUCGGCAGUGGCAUAAGCUUGGUAUUAGCGUACAGUCAGGGAUCAUUUCCCUCUAUUUGGAUUGUAAUUUAAUUGAGAGAAAGCAGACUGAUGAAAAAUUCACCAUUGACUUGCAGGGGAGGACACUGAUUGCUUCUCGUGCUGCGGAUGAUAAGCCUGUAGAUAUUGAACUUCACCACCUUGCAGUUUAUUGUAAUUCACAAUUUGCAACAGAAGAUACGUGUUGUGAAAUAUCUGCAGACUUGUGCCCACGUGAGGAGAGUUUACUGGCUACAACUGCAACACCAGUGACCGUUCAUGCCAGCAAAAUAUACACUCUUCCAGGGAUGCAGCAAGAAUCUGCACACAGAUGCUACUGCUUUCCAAAUAAAGGAGAAGCAGGAUUGCCGGGCAUAGCUGGCUUACCAGGCCAGAAAGGAGAGAAAGGUGAAAAGGGUGAGAUGGGUGUGAAAGGACCGGACGGUGUUGCAGGUCUGCCUGGUGAAAAGGGUGAACGUGGGUUUCCGGGUAGUAAAGGUGAAGAAGGUGAAAAGGGUGAAAAAGGAGAUAAAGGAGAACCAGGACCCGAAGGCCUUCCUGGAACAGAGGGACUAAAAGGUGACCCUGGUAGUCCUGGUGUGGCUGGUCCGAAAGGAGAAAAGGGAGAUGCAGGACCCCCAGGACCAGCUGCCUUGAGUAGUUUGCUGGAGGGUCCCCAAGGUCCACCUGGCAAAGAAGGUCAAAGGGGGAGACGAGGCAAACCAGGCCUUCCAGGAAAACCAGGGCCACCAGGACCUCCUGGUCCUUCUGGACUAAAAGGAAUCCUGGAUUCAUUGAACAAGCAUUAUAAUGAGAGUGAUAAAAGACUACUAGGAGUACUUGGGACCCCUGGACUCAAAGGCCAGAAGGGAGACAUGGGUCAAAAAGGAGAAUUGGGAAUGACUGGUACAAAAGGAGAAAAGGGAGAACCUUCUGAAAAAGGGGACAAGGGAGACCCAGGAGAGACUGGAAUGGAAGGAUCAAAAGGAAAUAAGGGUGAAAUGGGAGAUCCUGGACCACCCGGUCUUAUUGGAAAUCCAGGAUCAAAGGGACUGCAAGGCCCUCCAGGACCUGUUGGACCCAGGGGACUGCCAGGAGAAGUUGGCUUACCAGGAGAUCCUGGGGUACCAGGAAACCCAGGAAUUAAAGGAGACAAGGGUGACCCUGGUGGAAUUAUGGGGCCGCCUGGACAUCCAGGCCCAAAAGGCGAUAUGGGGCCUCCUGGACCAAGUCUGCCUGGAACACCAGGUCCCACUGGUGUUCCUGGAAACCCAGGUCCAAGGGGGCCAAAGGGAGAAAGAGGACUACCUGGUGUACAGGGAGCACCUGGGGAGAUGGGGCCCCCUGGAAUAGGCAUUCAGGGAUCACCAGGUCCUAUAGGUCCAACUGGAUCAUCAGGUGUGCAGGGCCCUAGGGGACCUCCAGGAUUACCAGGAGCUCCAGGUACCCCAGGUAUUAAUGGCACCCCAGGAAGAGAUGGAAAGCCAGGACUACCAGGCCCUCCAGGUGAUCCUGUUGCACUUCCACUUGUGGGAGACAUGGGUGCUAUACUGAAGGGUGAUCCUGGCACAAGAGGUCCUCCAGGCAUUCCUGGUAGAGAAGGACCAAAAGGAAACAAAGGUGAACGUGGAUUUCCUGGACUUGCAGGAGAAAAGGGUGAUGAGGGUCUUCAAGGUGCUCCUGGACUGCCAGGUAUACCAGGACCCAAUGGCCCAUCUGGAGUCCCAGGAAGACCUGGACAUCCUGGUCCAGCUGGAGCAAAAGGAGAAAAGGGUAGUGAAGGUUCUCCUGGGAAACCUGGACCACCUGGGCCUCCGGGUAUGCCUUACAAUGAAAGAAAUGGAAUGAGCAGCUUAUAUAAACUUCAGGGAGGUGUGAGUGUCGCGAGUUACCCAGGUCCACCAGGACCUCCGGGUCCAAAAGGGGAUCCUGGAACAGCGGGAGACCCAGGACCAAUGGGAUUACCAGGAUUGGAAGGACUCCCAGGGGAAAAGGGUGACCGUGGACCAGCUGGUGCACCAGGAGUGUCAGGGACACCGGGAAAGCCAGGAUCCCCUGGGUCUCCAGGGUUGCCAGGAGAACCUGGUGAAAGAGGACCUAUAGGAGAUAUAGGCUUCCCUGGUCCAGAAGGGCCACAAGGAAAACCAGGAAGCAAUGGAAAAGAUGGAUUGCCAGGUCCUCCGGGUGCUGUGGGGAGACCAGGAGACAGAGGACCCAAAGGAGAACGAGGAGAUCAGGGUAUUCCAGGGGACAGAGGUCCACAGGGUGAACGAGGGAAACCUGGCCCAUCAGGAGAGAAGGGGGAUGUGGGUCCUGUUGGCCCUCCAGGAGACAGAGGCUACCCAGGAUCACCAGGUCACCAAGGUCCCCCAGGUUCACCAGGACCCCCAGGGUUUUCAGUUGAUGCAAUUUCACUUGAAGAAAUAAAAAAAUAUAUCAAACAAGAGGUUCUUAAGGUGUUUGAAGAAAGGAUGGCUCAAUUUGUAUCCCAGCUGAAGCUGCCUGCUGCAAUGCUUGCCUCCCAAGCUCAUGGAAAACCAGGCCCCCCAGGAAAAGAUGGGUCACCAGGACCACCAGGAAAGGAUGGUUUGCCAGGGCCACCAGGAGAACGUGGAAUUCAAGGUUAUAGAGGACAGAAAGGGGAAAGAGGUGAGCCUGGAAUCGGACUGCCUGGUAACCCUGGACCACCUGGCCCUGCAGCAGCCGCUGGCCUGCCAGGCCCACCGGGAGCAUCGGGCUCUCCAGGACCGCAGGGGCCGCCCGGGCCCGACGGGAGGUGCAACCCGGCAGAUUGCUAUUACCAUGUGUCACAGACCCGCUCACGCAGCAGCAGGAAAUAAACACCCUGCCCCAGACACUUGGGUUCACCGUCACUUUUCACACUUUCCAAUAAGUUAAGUUUUGAAAUAUUUGCUGAUUUUUUUUUUCUCUCGACACUGCAUGGUAUAUAGGUAAUUUGUAAGGCACAAAAUUGAGCCUUUUUCUGUGUUAUUUGCAGUGUCAUAAUGAUGACAUGAUGUCAUAUAUUUUCCAGAGUGCAUUCCAGGUGUUGUUUCUCAUAUUUAUUUUGCUUAGAACAGAAAAUAGGCCCAAAUAAUUUUCAUAAACUUCUGUCUUCAAACAAGAAACUAUUUUAUUAGAACUUAAGACAUUAUGUAUGCCUCCAUAUGUAAGCUGGCUUUAUUUUUCUUGCUGGUGAUGAAUUUUAAAUGGAAAAAAUACAUUUCUGAGGUUGCAAAGUGUACUCGUUCAUGGUGAAUGCAGGACCUGAGCUGGAGCACUAGGAACUCUGUUUAGACUAAACAUUCAUGUCUCUCAAGGAGGCUCCAGCACACCUUCUGAAAACUGCCUGCCACGCCCAGGAAUGCUGCCUACCAUUUCACCGUCACAUCCAUGAUGGCAAAGAAGGAAACAAAGAUGCAUUUAUGAUCUCCUUAUCCCAUCCAACAAUGAGCUUCAGACUGACUGGAAGAUCACCAGGUGUAGCUCCAAGAAGUGUCUUUCUGACUGGAUUUUGUCCCAGCUGGGGGCUUGUAUGUUCCUUUAGUCGUGGUUACACGUGCCCCAGAUAUUAAAUGCAAGAAGCUGCUGAUGGUGUUCAGGACUGAGAUCUGGAACACCUUCUAACCAUUACAUGGACUGAGUAAGGGCACUAAGGACUGUAGUCCAGCUGCUCUGCCAUUAAGUCUGCCUACAGCAGAGGUGACCCCUUGCUUUAAAGUAGAGGCUGGUGAGUACACAGUCCAAGAAUGGAACUUCACGAGCCUCUGAUCUUGGUGAUGGCACUGUUUUCCUCUUCCUCCUGCAAUAUUCACAUGCUGAAAUAAGCUUGAGAAGAGCAUGGUAUCUGUAAAGUGCAAAACUCAAGUCUUAUUAACUGGUUACAGAAAAUUUCUUGAGUUCAAGAGAAACUUGGAAAAAAAUACAAAACCCUCCUAGAAAAGUGUACUACUGAGAGCAACAGCAUCCAGUUUUCAGGCAUUUAGUAAAGGAUUCAGGAACAGACAAUGUUAAUGAUGAACAAAACAGAACAAUGUGUAAAUCACAUAGAGUUGAAAGGGUUGAGCAAAAGAAAAGCUGGAGAAAAUUGAUCACACAGAUGAUCCUAAAAAGGAGUGAGUAAGGGUUGGCCAAAAUUUCACUUCUGGUUAUUAAUUAACAGAUGAUCCUAAGUUAGUCCUGUGGCAUUUUGUACAGUGCAAUGGAAAGUGAAGGUGCUAUUUAGAGAACACAGACAUCUAUAACCUACAACCACAAAAUGCACCUGUAGUACAAAGCCAUACUGAAAGCUCUUAUCCCACCGUUUGGAAGUCAGUCACUCUUCCACAUUAGGCAGGGAAGUAGUUUUGAUAACUUUGUGCUUGAGCAGCACUGAGGUACCAGGGAAAUAUUCUCAAAUUCUCAAAGUGCUGGCUUCCAGAGAAGCUGUUGUGAUACGUGAAUCUGGCUGACUUCUGGGUUUAGCAUAAAAGCAAUUAAGGAAUGACUGGUGGGAGUCUUUAGCAAAAGGUGCACAUUGGCAUUUGUUCUGAAUAGAGUUCCUAGCACUUACACCCACAGCAGAGGAGCAAAAUGGGAGCAAGAGGUGACAGAAUUAACUCAGGCAACAGCUGGGGCACUCAGGAUGUUUUCUGAAAAGGAAGGCACACAUCCCUGACAUGUUCAUUGGUUUGGUGUUUGGAGGAGAGAAGGCCCUUGCUGGAAAAGGAUAUUAAAGGAAACACGGGGAUGGAAGGCUCAUAGUAAACAUCUGGGACAGGAGAGGACAGCAGGAAUGAAGACAGCAGAAAACCUGUGGCAUAUCUCCUGAAGGAGCUGCAAUGCACCCUGCAGCUGCCUUGGGGAGUCAGGGUGCUUUAUCUUUUCCUUGUGAGGAGAGGGUCAAAAACCCACAGGCAAACCCAGUCCUCACACCUCCUGUUCUUCUCACCCCCCUCAUUCCUCAGGAGGCAGUGGCUGUCCCUUCUCCAGGCCAGCACAUCCUCUGCUCUGCAGGCAGCAGGCACCUGUCCCGCUGGGGUGAAGGUGCUUUUGGGACAAGUGGUCCCACCUGAGCUUAGCUCAACACAAGCUGCUCCCACUCCAGAACAGCUGUGCCCAUGGAGCAGGCUUUGGUUUGCUCUGCGGAGCUGACCACAGAGGCUGUGGGAGCGCUGGGAAUGGUGAGGCAGCUGGAAAGCGAGCACUGAGGCACCGACCGCUGUGCGGGCCACGGGUCUGCCUGCCCACACAGUGCAGCCUUGCACCAACACCUCUCUGUGUCUAAACAGGGACACCAGAGGAGCAGCAGCCCCACAUACUGGUGUCCAUUCUCUGAAAGGAACUGCUGGUCUGCUGGUCAGGUGUCUUGCAUGAAUAUUUUCUCUCUUUUUUCUUUUUUUUUGUUACUUCUCUAGUAAUUCCAAGAUAUGUAAUAACCUAAACAUUUUUUUACUUCCUAAGUUAAUUUUGGAUUUCAUUUUCUGUGAUAAUACUGAAAAGGGUGCUGUCUUGUGGUAGUACUCUCGUGACUUAGAGGUUCCCAAGCAGCCCCAUCCUGGAAGGCUGUACAUAGACCAUUGCGCCGCACUGGUGGUAUCUGUAUAUUUUGGGGCUUUUAGCUUGCUGAAACCCAGCAUCCGUUACCUGACAGAUGCAAUUGCUGUAUUUUAAUUUACUUGAACUUAUUGGAAAGCAAAACACUUUUUAUAUUUGAAGAAGUUUUAUUUUUUCAUCUAUGUUUCCUACAGAUGCCUUUUUCUUUUUAUAGGCUCCAAGAGAAAGGUCUUUCUAAAAUGUAAUUGAGUGCUUUCAGUUGAUUUGCAGAUAACUUUGGUAAUUCUCUUGUUGCAUUAUUUUUAUGUUGCUAAAAGCCCACUUUAAUUUUCUCAUGUGAGAAAAUGGGUAUUUUUUAUAUGGGCUAUCUCAAUACCUAUUUUAAGAUGCCACGUUCUUCACUGGGGUAGAACAGAGUUAAUCCCAGCUUGACUUUACUUCACACUGGCUUGCUCCUACUUUGCAUUUUUAGAAUUGAAAGUGGAAUCUGGCUGGCAACGUGUCUGCAUGGUUUUCAGGUUUGGCCCCUGAAAUUUCUUUGCAGUUUCAGACUGAUGUUGUCUUAGUUUUCGGGCAGGAGGCCAGGGAGGGAAGAGGGGAUGCUAACCUAUUUUGCAAUUUGGUUUAUCUUGUUUUGUAUAUAGUUUUGUAUCUCUUUUAAGUAGUUCAUGCUGCAGUAAACACAACAAGGAAAUAAACACCAGGGAUUAUUUUUUCCCAGGAGCAUAAGGUAUUUUAUUCUGCUUUGGGUUUUUUUUUACAUGCAGCAAGACUCAGAAGUGAAGUAACUUUGUUUUAAACCUUUCUUAAAAACUCUUUAAGCUUUAUCCUAGUUUAGGGUCAGACUAUUUUAUUUUAUGGCAAGUCGUUUUAUCACCUGUUAAGAAGGUGUUGGGAUUUUCUUUAAAUAGCUAUGUAUAAUAUAUAUAGCUAUGUAUAUAUAGCUAUUUAUGUGUAUAUAGCUAUAUAUUAGUUUGCCUAAAGAAAGUACACUUGCUAAGAGGGAAGUUUUCCCGAAGCUGCAGCAGAACUCCUGCUGUCCACAUGGUGGAGUGCAAAACAUUCUUUCAGUACAAAGAUUACAGCCCAGGCACAACUUGCCCAGCAGCACAAGAGCUGACCCAGCCAUGUGUAUUCUCACAGCACAACAGUCAGUGCUUUUGGUUUUGUUCUUGAGACUGACUUUUUUCUAUUUUCUUCUUUCAAAUCUCUUUAGUUUUGCAUGGCAGUAUUUGCAGAAAUACUGCCUUUCUUGGAUAAUUAUUGUCAGAUAAUAUUGCUAAGAUUGUCUUUAUUAUUAUAUUGUGUUUUAUGUACAUUACAGAAGAAUAUGUUGUGGUGGGACAUCUCACUUUCAGGCAUCAUUUAUGUCCCCAUUUAUGUUUGUCUCAGGGGAGGAGGGACUCACGUGUGGUUAGUAAAAACUUCAACAGCAUCCAGUGUAGAAUUGGGCAGCAGUGCAGCCUCUUUUGAGAAGAGCAGGAAAUGUUUUGAGAACCAAUAUUCUUACCUCACACUGGAUUUGGUUUCAAUGUUUAAAAAGCAUUAUGAUACAGAGACAGAACUGAUUAUCCCUCCUUCCCUUAUGUUUUAUGAUUAUGGGUUAUAACAGAUGUUAGAUAUGCACAGCUUUGUUAAAUAAGUGGGGGUUUUAAUUAAUGGAUAAUCACACAAAAUAUUUUGGAUAUUCUUUUUCACAAGGGUGAAAUGUUAUUUUUCAUGUCUGUGUGCACUCAAUCUUUUACUUUUUUUUCUGAAAUGUUUAUAUGAAAGUCUUGUAAAAACCCCUCUGGCAAAAUUAACAUUUUAUAAACUUGUUUCUCCAAACAGACUAUAUAAAACCAGUCCCUAAUCUUACAUUUUACUCAUGCAGGAGAAAUGCUGCUCUAAUGUGAGAUGUUAGAACAAGAAAAGUAACUCAGAAAUCAAAACAUUGCUGGUUUGGGGUGUGUUUAUAUUGAGUUUUUCAUAGUUUCUGGAUGUACCAAGUCAUGCAAAUUUUUCCUGAAAUCUGAUAUGUCUGCUAAAAUUUGAUUUACUGGAUGGAUGUUUAAAUCUCCUCCAUGCAGGGUGGGUAUAGGCCAUGGAUAACAAAUUUAACCCUAACCUUGUCGUGGUUGGUAUUUAAGUGGACAAUUCAAGCUUCAGGAUACUGUAAGGAAACAUGGUUUUCAAAUAUUAAUUGCUAACAAACAUUACAGAGUCUAGACCAAAAUAAGUUUGUAGCUAAAAAGAUUUGAGUCUACAUGUCUUAGCUGUUUUCUUGCUUAGUCUGCUAUUCUAUAAACAUGAAGCCAUUAUUUACUACCUGCAGUUUUAAUGUAAAUGUAUUCUGUCUCCAGCCAGAAUGUUUGAAGGAUUCUCAAUGACACACCUUGAUUUUUUAUAUCCUUUCAUUUCUGAAUUAUAUGCAGCUGCCACUAACUGAAUCACAGAAACAUGAUGACUGGUUGAUUCCUUCCUUCCUUAUAUUUUUGGUUUGCAACAUUUAAGGUUCAGUUUAACGGGACUAUAUUAAGUGGAUGAAAAAUAACUUUUUAUACUUCAUGUGGCCAUGUACAUCUCAAACAGGAUGCUGGAUGGAAAUGGAAAUAUUUCACAUACUUUCUGUUUGUAGCUCUGUCAAAAAUGUCAGCCUUUCCUUCUGUGUCAAAUCACAAGAGGGAGGAUGCAACUGCAAAAAGGAGAAAAGAGAGGCACAAAGCCACUGCAGUGAGCUCUGGGGAGAAGUCUGGGCGGGUUGGCUGAAUUUGGGGGCGUUGGAUUUUGACCCCAGCUGAAGUCAGUCUUGUGCUUACUAGGACUGGUGAAACUUAGGGCUCUACAAUCUGAAUUAACAACAAACAAACCAACCAAAUGCAAAACCUUGGUCUUAAUAUGUAUAAAAUUUAUGUAAAUUAAUACAUUCUCUGAAUGCAGAUGAACUUCCUGCCCAAGUAGGAGAUAAUCGCUUUUAUUCAAGAAACUGAUUCACUGAACUUUAGGGAACUUUAGGAAUUUUCAUUUUUCUCUUGCUGCCUAACUCUCCCAGGAGAAAACAUGCUGAUGGCAUUUUAAAGGACUCUAGGUAAUAAUUUCACCACUAACUUGGUUUUCCUUCUCUGAUUUCAUAGUGACUUCAGAGAGUUUGUUUUAUUCAUGGUCUGAAACUGCCAGAUUUACUCAUCGAUUCACAGGCAGCAAGCAAAACAGAAAAGGAAUAACAAAAAAUUGAAGGGAGGGAAUAAAACUGAAGCUGUAGCAAAUCACACAAGAGUAACUUGCCCUAUAAAAUAUAGAUAUUUCUUCUCUACCUGCAACCCAUGAGCAGAGGAGAUGCAGCAAAUGCAUUUUCUAAGUAUAAAGGAAGCAGAGGUUACAUGGCCAAAAAAUAAUACAGUGAUGAGGAGGUCAAGUAAACACAUUUCACCCAUUGUCUAAGCACUUUAACAUUUGCACAAAUGCAGCAUUUGUAUGUGGAGCACAACUGCUGUGUUCUGCCAGGAUGAACUAACACUGUUGUCCCUGAAACAAAGUAUUUUUGGGGAAAUUUGGUUUCUUGUUCCUUCUGUCCUUCAGGUCACCUUCAAAAUACCACUUGUUGACACUUUUCAUAUUUGAAGGGAAACAAAUUUUUUUGUAGAUCUGUACUUGGCUCUAGGUGAACUCAGCUAAGGACUAAGGUAUUCAACGACCCAAAA